CGAAGGAGGGAAGGGAGGCGCCGCCCGACUCGGCCCCACUCUGCGCUCCGCCUGCCGUCGAGGGCCCGCGGCCCCACCGAGGCUGCCGGCCGCCCCCCGUCCCCGGGGUCGGGGAGAGCGAGUUUGCCGCCCGCGCCGGACCGCAGCGCGCAGACAGGGAGGACUUCCACCCUCGGGGCUGGAGCCGUUCUCCCCGUGCUCCGGCGCGUCGCUCCGCUCUGAGCGAGGAUGGUGGGGCCCACAGCCUCGGACGCGCCCCCGACCAUGGCGGUCAAGAUCUUCUCGGCUGGAGUGGCGGCCUGCGUGGCGGACGUGAUCGCCUUCCCGCUGGACACGGCCAAAGUCCGGCUGCAGAUCCAAGGCGAGCGCCAGACCUCCAGUGCCCUGAGGUAUAACGGUAUCCUGGGGACAAUCACCACUCUGGCAAAAACAGAAGGGCCAAUGAAACUCUACAGCGGGCUGCCUGCUGGCCUCCAGAGAUAAAUAAGCUUCGCCUCUCUGAGGAUUGGCCUCUAUGAUACGGUCCAGGAGUUCUUCACCACAGGGAAAGAAACUAGUUUAGGAAGCAAGGUCUCAGCUGGCCUAACGACUGGAGGAGUGGCAGUAUUCAUUGGGCAACCCACCGAGGUCGUGAAGGUCAGACUUCAAGCGCAGAGCCAUCUGCAUGGUCCCAAACCUCGCUACACUGGGACUUAUAAUGCCUACAGAAUUACAGCAACAACAGAAGGCUGGACGGGUCUUUGGAAAGGGACCACUCUCAAUCUGACAAGAAAUGUCAUCAUCAAUUGUACAGAGCUAGUAACCCAUGACCUAAUGAAGGAGGCCCUUGUGAAAAACCAACUAUUAGCAGAUGAUGUACCUUGCCACUUUGUGUCGGCUGUCAUCGCCAGAUUUUGUGCAACAGUUCUGUCUUCUCCAGUGGACAUGGUGAAAACCACAUUUGUUAAUUCUCCACCAGGACAGUACACAAGUGUGCCCAACUGUGCAACGACAAUGCUCACUAAGGAAGGACCGUCAGCUUUUUUCAAAGGAUUUGUGCCUUCCUUCUUGCGACUCGGAUCCUGGCAUGUCAUCAUGUUUGUGUGCUUUGAACAGCUGAAGCGAGAAUUGAUGAAGUCAACGCAGACCAUGGACUGUGCCACAUAAUCAUCUUCAGGAAAAGGGUGCAACAUACCAGUGGGAAUCUUAGCUGACUGGAUAAUUAAAAAAAAAAUUUGUUCACUUUAUUUUACUCUAAGAAGAUAAAGGAAUUCUGGUAGAGAGUUCGGACUUUUUUUUUUUUAAUUAAUACUCAUUUCUUGUAACUUAU